AUGAUGCUGGUAAAAAAGAUUAAGCUUUAAGUGAUUACAAUAAAGCAAUCCAACUUGAUCAUAAAUUUGCAUUUGCCUAUAAUAAUAGAAGUGAAUUAUUUAAACUAAUAUUAGGCAAUUUUAUACAUAGGAAUUGGUGAAAAAGAUAAAGCAUAAAACUAUUACUUAUAAGGAUUAACUGCUUCACCAUACAGAAGAUUGAGCUACUUAAAGAAUAAGAUUAAAAAAUAACUGAAAAUAAAUAAAAACUUUUUAAAUUUCUAACUUAAACAGGAUAAUAAAAGCAAAAUUAUAUUUAGCAAGAAUAAGAAUUAUAAAACAUAUAAAAGUCUAUACCUAAAAUCUUAUCAAACCCCUAUUAAAUAAUACUUAGAUUCAAAAAGAAUUUAUGGAUUUUUAUCAGAUCAAUCUAUUUUGAUCACAUAAUCUUAACCAUUAGCAGAAACUGAAUAAAAUUCACCAAUUAUAUCCCAUCAGCUAAUUAAUUAUUAAAUCAAGGAGAAUUUUCGAUUGAAAAUUUGUGCCAAGAAAUUCAAGUUUUUAAUUUAGGAGAAGUUGAAUAAACAUACAGUUUUCUAAGUAGCUUCUUGUAAUUAGAUGAAGUUUGGGGAAUUUGUAUUCUGA